ACUGUUAACGUUAUAACGUUAUUGGUCAAAGGUCAAGUCGGCGAGUCGUGUGACUGAAACUACUAACAGUAACAGUUUCAUAGUCAUUUGGUGGUGAGAUACAGAACAGAGUUCGGGCACAUAGAAAAUUCGCUGAGCCUGUUACUGUCGCCGUGUGGUUGCUGUUGCUGCAAGCCUGUACAAAUCGCCCGCAUUGUCUGAAGGCCACAUGUCAUCAGAGAAAUGUUGAAGAAAUGGCUGGACGCUCAAGAGAGAUCCCUGACAGCUGGGAGCAGCUGGAUGAAGAGUUAGAGGACGUGCCUGAUGAGGAGUCAGCUACAGACAUGCCAGAGGAAUCCUGGGACACCUCUGAUGAUGAUAGCUAUGAGGACCCAGAGGAGGAAGCAAGGCCUUCAACCCCCACAAGGACGUUAUCUUCAGAUGACAGCAAUUCAGAUUCUGCAGACAGUGAGUCAGAGUCAGAGUCUGAUCAUGAGAUGGAAAAUGAGGAUGAAGGAGAAAUUAGUUCUAUUGCAAAGAUCUGCCUGAAGCACCUGCCAGCUGAUAACCACAUCAAGUCACAAUGGGUCAGUCUGUUACAUGACUUUGUGGACUCUGAACUGUUCAUCAUAGAUGGUGAUUCUUUGCUCCUGGAGCUACUUUCAGAGGUGAAUCUGGACUGGAGCCAUGGAGGACAGUACCUACACUUGAUCUUCCUGGUUGAGAGGUUCCUCCAUACCUUCCAUCAGCUCGGUGGAAUUUUCCACAUUGUCUUCUUCAGAGACAUGCAGGUGCUGUGGACCAGCUGUCCCUCCAUGAUGCUGGCCCGUCACGUGAUCAUACAGCAUCUCCAGGAGAACACAGCCUACACAGUCACAACCAACAUACCAGCAGCUGACUCUCCACAGUGGCACCAGUAUCUACAGAACAACAGGCCAGCCUUCGUUACCAUCUCUGACGGCUGCCAAAAUCUCCCUCUAGGUUUACCCAAGAAUGCCGUCUUGGCAGUUUUUAAGACACUGCUUCUGCAUGUCUUGAGUGAAGGAGUCAACUGUGUGUACAUGUCAGAAAUAGAGCACACGGCUACCAAAGCGUAUGGAUUUUACAUUGAGUGUCGUCCUCACAUUAUGAAUAUGUGGUCUAAGAAAUACUUGGAGUACAGGGAGAAAGGACAGUAUCCUUCUAUGUUAAGUCUUCUGCAACAGAAUGUGACAGAAGACUGCAAAAAUCUGGAACAGUUAAGAUCCAAACUGAUGAAAGUGAGCAGCUCCAGCCUGGCCCGGUCCCUCCCUGCUGGUGUCAGAGACGUGGUAACAGUUGUGGCCUGUUCACAGGUGCUGGACCAGCGACUGACAACUGCUGAUGCACAGGUCACAGAAGACAUUGUCCGCUUUUUCCUGCUGCACAUUGUGCUGCUGCGGCACCUCUCACUCAGACAGAGAGCUCAGCAGCUCAGGGACUUCAGCAAGGCUCCCUUCUCAUUCCCUGUUCACCUGCUGUCACGUGUCAUGGAGCAGGUUCAAGUCUGCAUGGUGGAGAUGUUAGAGGAGUGCAGCAGGGUCGGGUACUUUGGUGAGAUGGAGACAAAGUUCCUGUCAGAUAUCAUGGAUGGACGGCUAUUCCUGCAGCUGUCCUAUUUCAUCCUGGACGCACACAGCAGAGGACAGCAGGCAUCUCUGCUGUCAGAAGAUGUUCGUUGUGAGCUGGAAGUACUGUGGGACAUUGUAACCGACAUCAGUGAGUCAGAACUGAGCCCUGCCUUCCCUGUCGUAGCUUCGCCAGUUGGCAGAAUAGAGAGAGAGGACCACUCUGCAGAACAAAAGGAACACACUGCUAAUUCAGUGUCAGAUGAACUUGAAGCUCUGGGCAUCCACAGCAGAGCUGCAUUCUUCCCAGUGUCCAAUAAGCUGGUAGAUGCUUUUGCUGGAAAUGUGAACAACUGUCUGCCACACCUUGACAGGACAGACAGAGAGGUGACUGCUGCCAUCACUGAGAAUCAAGACUUUGAUGAGACCUAUCAUUGGCAUUCUGGGAAGCCCCUUGCUGAUGAUUAUGAUAACACCAAGGAUACCUUCAAUCAUGAACAAUUGCCAACUGACCCCUGGCUGAGGAGGAAGGUCUUGAAAGACAAGCAGAAGUUUAGCAGACACAUGCAGUCAUAUGGAGAGUCGCUAGAGGGACCAGGUUUUAGAAAGGUUCCCAUUGUUGUUCGUGAGAAGUCUGACCAAAAGCAGGAAGAGAAAGAGAGGAAGAAGAAAGAGCGUCAAGAAAUGGCAAAGACAGCCAAGCAGAAGACAGUUAAGAAAUCAAAGAAAGAUCUCAUCAUUGAAGCAGCCAAGAAAAAAGAAGAAGAAACAAAAGCGACACAGAUGCUUCAACAAUGGCAAACUUUGAAGACAUCCCUGGAGAGCAGCAAAGCUGUCAAGUCCAUCCGUGAGCUUGAGACGUUUGUUGAGAAGUGUAGCCGUGAGCAGGUACCACAUGUCGCCACCGAGGCACAACUCACCAUUCUCCAACACAAGGUAGACAUGUGGAGGGACCAGUGUACAAAAGGAGACAGUGCAGGUGACAUUGGGAAACCUAAUCUGAACACUGCUGUGGACAUUGUUCAAACAGUGUCUGACAUAGUUGAUAAAUAUGGGCAGCACCUGAGAUCCAAGCAGAGACAAGAACUGGCAGGUGCACUCAGGCUCCUGGGACUGUCUGACAUGGAAGGGUACAUUGUAAUAUCUGAAGGGUCUGAGCAGGACAUGGUACCUGAUGGUUUAAAGGUACAUACUAAGAGUAAGGAUGAAGACACGAGGUGUUCAGUACAGAUGAGCAGUAACAGGUUCCAGCUCCGGCACAUGGGGCACCUUCUGAAGAGGGAGGGGAGAGAGGACGCUGAUCCCAGGGUGCAACAGUUCAUCCCUGAUACAUGGCAGAGAGAACUGCUGGAUGCCGUGGACAACAAUGAGUCAGCCCUGAUUGUAGCUCCAACCUCCUCUGGGAAAACCUACGCCUCCUACUACUGUAUGGAGAAGGUGCUGAGAGAUGGGGAUGAUGGUGUUGUUGUCUACGUCUCCCCAACCAAGGCACUGGUGAACCAAGUAGCUGCCACUGUGUACGCUCGCUUCAGUAACAAGAAGAUGCCAGAUGGGAUGUCUGUGUACGGCGUGUUCACCAGGGACUACAGGCAUAAUGCACUCAACUCUCAGAUCCUGGUGACAGUUCCACAAUGUUUGGAAAUCCUGUUACUCGCUCCUCACCGCCAGAAGUGGGCACAGAAAAUUCGCUAUGUGAUAUUUGAUGAAGUCCACUGCAUGGGCUCAGAGAUAGGAGCUGAGGUGUGGGAACACCUGCUCCUGCUGGUCCCCUGCCCUUUCCUGGCUCUGUCUGCAACAAUAUCUAACCCACAGGACCUUCAAGGCUGGCUACAGUCUGCAAAGGACUUUCAAAAACAGUUGGAUGGUCAGGCAAAGCAGAGGAAAAAAGCCCACCCACAGUCGUAUAAUGUCCGGUUAGUUGUGUAUGGAGAACGCUACUCUGACCUGGAGAAGUCUGUCUAUCUGCCCUGCUCCAACUCUGAAGACAGUCUUGUUCCCAUGCACCCCUACUCUGUCCUGACUGUGAAACAGCUCCAGGACAACCUGGAUAACCCUGAUGGAGCGUUUCCUCGGGACUUGACUCUGUCACCCAGGGAGACACUACAGCUGUAUGACACAAUGGCACAAGUCUGGCCAGAAAGAGAGAGCUUAAAGGCACUAGAAGCUGAUACAUACAGUGACUUUGCCACCCGUGAUCACCUUCUCAUCACAAAGGCACAGGCCAGGCAAUAUGAGGCUGACUUGAAGAAGGAACUGCUUACCUGGCUUAAGGAACAUCAUAAGGAAAAGGUUAGACAUGUUCUGGAAAAGCUGAGCAGACACAUGCUGCAGCAGCAAGACACCUGUGCUAAAGAACAACAAAAGCACAAUAUUGACAUCACUGGUGAAAAAUUUCUGAGUCAUCAGAUUGUUAGACUGCUGGACAAGUUGAAACAAGAAGACAAGCUUCCAGCUCUUGUGUUCAGCUUUAGUCGCGGCCUGAUAGAACACCUUGUACACAAGGUGGAUGUAACUCUCGAAGAGAUGGAAAUGGAGACCUUGGAAAGCAUGGGAGUCACCCAAUCCAGUAUCAAAAAAGACCUGGCCAUGAUGAGAAAGGUUGAGAAAGGGAAAAAGCGUGUACGAGACAAAGAAGAGAAGGGGUAUACCCUGGAAGCUAAAGAUGUGCCUGAUGCUAAACAUGUGAAUCAGGACGGAGCCAACAUGCGCCUUGCUUUUUUGAAGCACAGCUUUGUUUCUGAAGGCCUCCACAGCUCUGAGGAGCUGCAGAGGUAUCAGAGGAGGAUUAACUACCUCUCUGGUGGUCAUCUUCUGAAGAGAGGCCUGAGGAGAGGCAUAGGAUAUCACCAUGCUGGGAUGAAUGCAAAGGAAAGGCAGACUGUGGAAACAAUGUUUCGAAAUAAGCAUUUGAAGGUUGUCGUGGCUACUGCAACCUUAGCACUUGGUAUCCACAUGCCCUGUAAGACUGUGGUGUUCGCUGGUGAUUCUGUGUAUCUGGAUGCCCUGGAGUACAGACAGAUGUCUGGACGUGCAGGCAGAAGAGGGUUUGAUUCUGUUGGCAAUGUGGUAUUUUUUGGGUUGCCUAAGCCGAAGAUCAACCGACUGCUUGCCGCUAAUGUCCCUGAGCUGACAGGGAACUACCCGCUAACUCCCAGCCUGGUGCUCAGGGUCAUGCUGCUGACGGCUCAGGGGGACGACAAAACUGAUGCCUUUAACAAGGCUCUCAAUCUCCUGAAGCAUCCGUUCCUGUCUCACAACCAGCCACAGUUUCUAGCCCAGCUGCAGCACCACUUCCUCUUCAGCAUACAGUUCCUCAUGCGUCAGGGCCUGCUAGACCUGGAGGGCACCCCGCAAGGCAUGGCAGGCCUGGCCAGCCACCUGCACUAUCAUGAACCCUCCAAUUUCAUCCUGGUGUGGCUGCUGCAGAAGGGCAUCUUUCACCAGAUCUGUGUGCCUGAAGACGGUUCUACCAGUCACUUCUCUGACGACGUGUUACGUCGAUUGGUGCUGAUUCUGGCUAACCUGUUUGGGAGGAGCUACCUGCGAGCUACAAUCACUCCACAAACAGUCAAGGACAUGAAACAAAGAAAGGAACUCAGCCAGUCAAAGUUGAUUCUGGAAGACCUCCCAGAAUUUGUGUCUUCAUCCAUCCGGCAGUAUAAUCAACAGACGUGGAAAUUGUUCCACUCCUACCUGUGUACUGUGGCAGAGGCCCUGGCUCCUCAGCUUGGUCAGGAGACCAGCCUACCUGCUUCCCAAAUAGACUUCCUGUCAGCAGGCACUGGUGCCCCAUCAGCAGACAGUCAGACACUGACAGCACAGCUCCGCCAGUCCCAGAUUCACUUCAGUGUAGUUUCCACAUUUGCUGCCCUCUCUGGCCUCAAUGAUGACAACUUUCAGGAGUCCGACAACAUGUUUGAGUCUGUGCGACAAGGUCUGUACAUGGACAUGGACUCAGCACCCACCUUUCUCCUGGAGAAACACGACAGACGGGGUCGUCGGCAGUACCUAAACUCCUAUGCACUGGACUUCUUCAAACACCAAUCCUACGAUGCAAUCAUUAAGGACAAUGGGCUGAGAACUGGCUUUGCCUUCCAAGCGCUGAAGGACUUUAUGAUGACCAUCAAGUCCAUCUACAUCGCCCUGGAACAACUCGGACACGAAGAGGACAACGUGGUCAUGGCAUUCAAGCAACUUGCAGGGCGGUAUGAUGAAGCUUUCAACAAUGCCUUUGGAAAGAAUCGCACGUGAGACGCCCGGCCUCUAGACACGGAAAGAACCCUUGUGCAAGAAUUCUUACUCAAAUGCAAGCUGUAAAGAUUAAAUCAAAUCUAUGCUGCCUGUGUCAAGAAGACCAAUACUGUUCUUUAAGAUGAAUUCCAAUAUCAAGAUCUGAACAUUCUAAGGCAAUAUUUGCAAAUCAAUAUAUAGAUAGAUUGAUAAAGCCAAAUAACAUCUGAUUCAUUAUAAUUUACAAUAUUUCCAUUUUUGGUGAUGCUUCUGGAGUUAGACUAAUAGACUAAGUGUAGUACUAUGAUAUUUCGAUUGCCAUAAAGCAAUUACUUAGUGCUUCGGGUUAGUAUGAAAUAUGAGAAAUAUUUAAGACAAAUAACUUGGGCGAAUGUGAGGCAUAUGAAAACACUGGCCACAUUAAUCUAAUGUCUUGCAAACUUCAGAAGCUCACUGCUUGAGGGGACCUCGAGCGCCGUAGGUGCGAGGUUCCUAGGGGGGUCCGGGGGCAUGCUCCCCCUGAAAAU